CAAACCCACACACGAAAUCACUUGAAUUUACUUGCAACCAAUGUAGACUUGCAUCCGCUGCAGCACAAACCUUGCAACACUCACUCAGUUAGGGGUUGUUUCCAUCCACCGAUCGUCGUUGUGCUGUGCCAGUGGUAUAAAAGCAGCACCAAGUCAGAGCCUCAAUAUCAUUCGCAUCGCAUCCUUCGUCGAGUGCAUUGAACACAAAGUGUACGCACUGAAGAAUUUAGUAAGAAGAAGAUAACGCAAAGAGAUUCGUAGUUUGCGCUCGUAAGAAUUCUAAAAAUAUUCCUAUACAUACACACACCAGCCAGUAAACAUGUCGCCCAAUACAAAAUCUGUACAACAGCAACAACAAUUCUACGCAACCAAAACGGAGCUGUACUUGAAAGUAAAGAAACCACUUUUGGAACGCCAGCGCCGGGCACGCAUCAACAAGUGCCUGGAUACACUCAAGACAUUAGUGGCGGAGUUCCAGGGUGAUGAUGCCAUUCUACGUAUGGACAAAGCCGAGAUGCUCGAGUCGACAAUUGCCUUCAUGCGGCAACACAGUCGCCGUCAACGUACAACAAUGCCUGCUGUGGCGCCACUUGCGCCCAUGGACGGCUUCCGCAAUGGUUACAUGAAUGCUGUCAAUGAAGUUUCGCGCGUCAUGGCCGCUAUGCCUGGUAUGAGCGUGCAAGUGGGCAAAUCGGUGAUGACUCAUUUGGGCAGCGAAUUUAAUCGACUACUGCAGCAACAACAUCAACAACAGCAGCAGCAGCAGCAGCAACAACAAACAAUCGUUGAGCGUGUCGAAGAGAAAGUGAUUGAGAAAGUGUCCCGCCCAUCCAGUCGCGCCUCCUCUGGCUAUCACAGUGAUUGCGAGCAUGACAGUCCGAUGCCAUCACCAGCACCUGCAGCAGCCGCCGCCGCCGUUGAAAGCUCCACUUGGCGGCCAUGGUUGUAGGACGCUGUUUCGUUUGAUUUUGGCGCAACUGAGAGCUUUAAUUCUGAUUAGACUUGCAACAAUGAUUGUGUGUUAGACUGUGAUCGCAUUUAUUUGCAUUGUUAUUGUAUCUUCCAUUAGCUUUAGUCUUCCAAUGGCUUUAAUAGUUUAUAAGCAAUUAGGUAUUUGAAAAUAUUGUAAAAAAGCUUUAAUAGUU